AUGGACCUCGGGCGGCUUGUCGUCGCCGUUGUGCUAUCAGCAGCCAUCCUGCACUCGGCCGUCGUUGGCGCGGAGAACCACCAUGUGUUCAUGGACUGGGAGGUGUCCUACGCCUUGCGCUCCCCGCUGGGUGUCGCCAAGAGGGUCAUCGCCAUUAACGGCCGCCUCCCCGGGCCUCUGCUCAACCUCACCACCAACGACGUCGCCCACAUCAACGUCGUCAACACCCUCGACGAGCCUUUCCUCCUCACAUGGAACGGCCUGCAGCUGAAGAGGAACUCGUGGAACGACGGCGUGGCCGGGACCAACUGCGGGAUACCGCCCGGCGAGAACUGGACGUACGUGUUCCAGGCCAAGGACGAGGUGGGCACCUUCUUCUACCGCCCCUCGCUGGGCCUGCACGCCGCCGCCGGCGGCCACGGCCCCAUCCGCGUCAACAACCGCCCCGUCAUCGACGUCCCGUUCCCGCGCCCCGACGCCGAGUUCGACCUCCUCAUCCAGGACUGGUACAACAUGGACGCGGCGGCGAUGAAGGACCGCCUGGACGGAGGCCGCGGCCUGCCUCCGCCCGACGGCGUCCUGAUCAACGGCAUGGGCCCGUACGGCGCCGAGCUCGCGUUCGAGGCCGGGCGCACGUACCGGCUCCGUGUCUCCAACGUCGGCGCCAGGACCUCGCUCUGCUUUCGCGUCCAGGGACACAAGAUGCUGCUCGUGGAGGCGGAGGGCGCCUACACCGCGCAGAAGCUCUACGCCUCGCUCGACGUCCACCCAGGGCAGUCCCUCUCCGUCCUCGUCGCGGCGGACCAGCCGCCCAGGGCCUACUACAUGGUCGUCAGCUCGCUCUUCGUCGGCCCGGAGCUCUACGGCGUCGGGACCAUCCGCUACGCCGGCGCCAAUGAGCACCCGCCUUCCGGCAACGCGCCGCUCGACGAUCGCUCCUCUCACAACACCUACAACCGAUCAAUGGAGCAGGCCAAGUCCAUCAGGAUGAACCUGACGGCCGGCGCGGCGCGGCCCAACCCGCAGGGCUCCUUCCACUACGGGCGGAUCAACGUCACCCGCACCCUGCUCCUCCGGAACGACGAGUCCGUCAUCGGCGGCCGCCGGAGGUGCACCGUCAACGGCGUCGCCUUUGCCAACGCGGCCACGCCGCUCAAGCUGGCCGACUUCUUCAGGAUCGCCGGCGUCUACACGGUCGUCUCCGGCUGGCCGGAGAGGAGGAACCUCACCCUCGGCACCGUGGCCAUCGACGCCGCCUACAGGGACUUCGUCCAGAUCGUCUUCGAGAACAACCUGCCGUCCAUGCAGACCUGGCACCUCGACGGCUACAGCUUCUUCGUUGCCGGGAUGGGGUGGGGCAAAUGGAGCCCCGACGCAAGAUCGACGUACAAUCUGGUGGACGCCAUGUACCGUUCGACCGUCCAGGUGUAUCCCAUGUCGUGGACCGCCGUGUUGGUGUACUUGGACAACGAGGGCAUGUGGAACCUGAGGUCGCAGAAUCUCGAGAGGAGGUACCUAGGCCAAGAGCUGUACCUGAAAGUGAGCCAGGGAAACUCAUCUGAAGUCCCCGAUCCUAGAGACGAGAUGCCCAUGCCUUUCAAUGCUCUCUUGUGUGGGAAAGCUAAAAGCCUAGGAAGUUGGUACAAGUCAGGACAAAGGCAAGCGUGA